AUGGUGGGAACUCAGGUUUUUGUUGAAGAUGAAUCUGGCGAUAUUUUUAAAGGAUUACUUAGAGGGUUUUCAGCAGUUGAUCAACUCGAGGUUGAACUGGUUUCCGUUUAUAAAGUGAUAUUUGUGUCGGAAAGCAAGUUUUCUUUAACUCGUCUUGGAAAAAAUGAAACAAUGAAAGUAGUAGCUACACGUAUAUCUGGUGAUUCUGAACCUGGGAAUGCACGGACUUUUCGAACAGACUCCAAAAUUGCCGCAACUAAAAAUCUUAAUAAUGGUGGAAAUGAACAUUUAGAUAUGUCGGAUACAGAAUUAGAUCUCCAAGAAUGGGAAGAUGACGGUUGUGGUGAAUAUGGUGCUAUUGAAUCCAUAAAUUGUGUUGUAGAUGAACUUGAUAGUUUGGGUGGGUGGUCUGUUACAGAUAUGUUCCAAGCAAAUAAAGAUAAGUGUGUUGGAAAUGGAACAGUUUUUGAUGAAUCGGAGUUUUCAAAGUAA